GAAAUAGAAUUCUGGCGUCUUACUUUGUCCUGGAAGUGGAACACCCGCGCUCUGAAACAACAAAUCUCGCUCAGAAACAAAAACAAUCUCUUUCUCUUAUAGGCAGUGUUGCAGUUUAAAGAUGGAAGAGCCUCUCAACGGGAACACAAACUCGGAGGCGGAGGCGGCCGCUGCGGCGUUGGCGACGGCGGAUAGCGAGGAAGAACCAAUGGUGGGUCCAGGACCACCAGUCCCUCGUGUUCGGCGCAAGCGUCCCCUACAGUUCGAACAGGCCUACCUCGAUUCCCUUCCCUCUGCUAACAUGUAUGAGAAAAGUUACAUGCACCGCGACGUGGUUACACAUGUUGCUGUGUCUCCGGCAGAUUUUUUAAUAACUGGAAGUGUUGAUGGACAUAUAAAGUUUUGGAAGAAAAAACCUGUUGGCAUUGAGUUUGCUAAGCAUUUUAGAUCCCAUCUUGGUCCCAUUGAAGGCAUAGCCGUUAGUGUUGAUGGUUUGCUUUGCUGUACAAUUUCAAAUGAUCAUGCUAUCAAGAUAUAUGAUGUAGUCAACUAUGAUAUGAUGGUCAUGAUUCGCACAUCGUUUGUUCCUGGAGCUGUUGAGUGGGUCUCCAAACAAGGGGAUGCCAAAGCCAGGCUUGCCGUUAGUGAUCGAAACUCAUCAUUUGUAUACAUAUACGAUGCACGAGCUGGUUCAAAUGAGCCUAUCAUUUCCAAAGAGAUCCACUUGGGCCCAGUGAAAGUUAUGAAGUACAACCAUGUAUUUGAUACUGUGAUUUCGGCUGACGCAAAGGGAAUAAUUGAGUAUUGGAGCCCUUCCACAUUACAGUUCCCAGAGGAUAAGGUCAAGUUUAGAUUAAAAAGUGACACAAGUCUCUUUGAAAUUUUAAAAUGCAAAACUGCUGUAUCUUCUAUUGAGGUCAGCCCUGAUGGUAAGCAAUUUUCAGUUACAUCACCUGAUCGUAGGAUACGUGUAUUUUGGUUUACUACUGGUAAAUUAAGACGGGUUUAUGAUGAAUCUCUCGAGGUGGCCCAAGAUCUCCAGAGAAGUGAUGCACCUUUGUACCGGCUGGAAGCUAUUGAUUUUGGGCGUAGGAUGGCUGUUGAGAAGGAAAUUGAGAAAACAGAAAGUGCGCCACAGCCAAAUGCUGUUUUUGAUGAAAGCUCGAAUUUCCUUAUAUAUGCAACCCUGCUUGGGAUAAAAGUGGUAAAUUUACACACCAAUAAAGUGUCCAGAAUUCUUGGAAAGGUGGAGAACAAUGAUAGGUUUUUGAGAAUAGCCUUGUAUCAAGGUGAUCGUGGCAGUAAAAAAGUUAGAAAAAUUCCUACAGCUGCAGCAAAUGCCAAUGAGAACAAAGAGCCUUUAAUAGAUCCUACUCUUGUAUGUUGUGCUUUCAAGAAACACAGGAUCUAUCUUUUCAGUCGAAGAGAACCAGAGGAACCUGAAGAUGCAAGUAAGGGAAGAGAUGUGUUUAAUGAAAAGCCACCUCCUGAUGAACUCUUGGCUGUAUCAGAUAUUGGCAAGUCAGUCACAACUUCUCUACCUGACAAUGUGAUUUUGCAUACGACCAUGGGUGACAUACACAUGAAAUUAUACCCUGAGGAAUGUCCAAAAACUGUGGAGAACUUCACAACACACUGCCGAAAUGGCUAUUAUGACAACCUUAUUUUUCAUCGGGUCAUCAAAGGCUUCAUGAUACAAACCGGAGAUCCUUUAGGAGACGGUACUGGUGGUCAAUCUAUUUGGGGCAGGGAGUUUGAAGAUGAAUUUCACAAAAGCUUACGGCAUGACAGACCUUUCACUGUCUCAAUGGCAAAUGCUGGCCCAAAUACGAAUGGAUCGCAGUUUUUUAUUACCACAGUGGCUACUCCUUGGCUGGAUAAUAAGCACACUGUUUUUGGCAGAGUUCUAAAAGGAAUGGAUGUUGUACAGGCUAUAGAGAAAGUCAAGACAGACAAGACAGAUAAACCCUACCAAGAUGUCAAAAUCUUAAAUGUAACUGUCCCCAAAUCUUAGAGUUUCUUCCUUGUAAUGAUCUUGUCUGUCUAAGCAUGGUUGUUGUUGUUUUUUGAUGAUCUUGCCUGCAAAAAAUUGUAAUUCAGGAAAGGUUUAUUCCAUUUUCCUUUUUCAGUCACUUGUAGUUCUCUAAAAAUUGAAAUAGAUUUUUUGUUUAAAUUAUGACGAACAAUUUUGUGGAGGGGUAUAAAAGAGGAAGCUCAUGAUGAUUGAUAGAAGAACUUAGGAAAGGGAAUGAAAAAAGCAUGUAUUCUGAAUUAAGUCCCUGAGAUUAGGAACAUGCUUGGCAUUGUUUUUCUUGUA